AUGGUUGUUAGAGACAAUGAGCUAUACUUAUAUCAUCUCACGUUAAAGAAGCAGACGAAUUUCGUGCACUCUUGCGUCGGAAACUUCGUCGAUCUGGAAGCAGGGUCCAAACGUGAGCAGUCGCAAUUGUGCGUGGCCACUGAGACACAUUUAGAACUUUAUGAUACUGCAGAAGGGGAACUGAAGCUUAUUUCCAAAUUUCAAAAUCUGUUUGCGACGAUAACCUCGAUGAAGUCGCUAAACUUAUCGCAUUCUGGAUCUAGGGCGAAAACUUCUAAUUGGCCUACUUUUUUAGUGUUAACUUCUGAUUCUGGUAAUCUAAGUAUUGUGCAAAUCGUUAUGCAUGCAGGUGCAUUUAGACUUAAGACUUUGGUUAAUCAGCCGUUGACUAGGACCACCCUUCGAAGAGUGUCUCCCAUAUCGUACAUGGAAAUUGACCCAAAUGGGCGUUGUAUAAUUCUUUCAUCCGUAGAACAAAAUAAACUGUGUUUCCUCGUUGAUUAUGCCCAAAAGUUGAGAAUUUCGUCUCCAUUGGAAAUCAUUAGACCUCGUAUGGUAACACUGGAUAUGGCAGUUUUUGAUGUAAAUUUCAAUAAUCCAUGUUUCGUUACCUUAGAAAUUGACAACGCUGCUACUCAACUAUCAGUACAUUUGAUAUUUUAUAUCCUCGAGUUGGGUUUGAACCACAUAGUCAAAAAGGCUGAUUAUUCAGUUAAUCCCUCUGCUAACUUCCUACUGAGUUUGCCAGAUCUGUCGCGGUAUAAUAUAACAACUUCGCUCAGCGUCAACAACUAUGACGCUGACAAUGAUAUUCUUUUCAAUCCAUUUGUUGUCAUUGGCUUCGAAAAUCAUAUUCUGGUUAAGGAUAUGAACGGACUUUUCAGCUUGAAAGUGGAAAUACCUCAAAGAUCUACCAGAGAUAGCCGUCAGAGUAACGUAACGAUCAUUUCAGGCAUAGUACAGAAGUUGAAAAAUGAUUUUUUUGUACUUUUACAAUCCAACCAUGGCGAUCUUUUUAAAUUAACUGUAAGCCCAGACACUAAUGAUAGAAAUAGACCUAUAGUUCAAUUGUCCUAUUUUGAUACAAUCCAAAAUUCACACCAAUUGCACAUUUUCAAAAAUGGUUAUCUCUUUGCACUAUCUGAAAUGAACAACAACUUUCUUUUUCAGUUUGAAAAACUGGGUGUGGAGAAAAACGAUUUUCCUAAGGUUUUAACCUCAAGAGAUCCAAAUAAAUCACUAGUUUUCGAUCCAUCCGUCAACUUACAGAAUUUGAGUAUAUUAUCACAACAGUUAAAUUUGAAUCCUUCAAUUAAAUCUCAAAUAUUGAGUGAUUCACCGCUAUCUAUUGCAACUAAACAUUUCACAAGCAGCAAGAUGAUAACUUUAACAAAUGCUGUGGAUUACUCUAAUUUGAUAUCUACUAGUUUGCCACCAAAUGCAACAAAGUUGUGGCUAAUACCCGAUCCUGCAACGACGGGCGAUAACAAUACUCUUUUGUUCAUAACCUUUCCCAAGAAAACCAUGAUAUUACAAAUUGACAAUGAGUCCAUGGAGGAACUGACCCCUGACGAGGCAACACGUUCGGCUUUUAAGCUAUCUCAGGACACAACAAUCCAUACAUGCCUAAUGGGGUCACAUUCUAUUGUUCAAGUAUGCACUGCGGAAGUAAGGCAUAUCGUACCGAGUGGUAAAUCUAAAUACUCUAAUAAGCUGACUUGGGUGCCGCCAGCGGGGAUUCGUAUUGUAUGUGCCACAUCCUCGAAAACACAACUGAUCAUAUCAUUAUCAAAUUACGAAUUAGUCUAUUUUAAGAUAGAUAUCUCUUCGGAUUCAUUAAUCGAAUUGACCACCCAUCCAGAACUGGACGCAAUGCCCUGCAAACUUACAAUCGUGCAGGAUGCACAGCAUGCUGAUUUAUUGGCCAUUGCUGACAAUGAAGGCAUGAUCAAAAUAAUGUCUCUUAGAGACCAGAAGGAAGAUUUUUUAACUAUAAUAAGUUUACAACUGGUCAAUGAAAAAUUUUCUGAUAUGAUCAUGGUUAGAGAUCCCUCGUUAGGAUUACUUAAUCUGCACGUUGGUUUAGAAAACGGUGUUUACAUGAGAUUCAAUAUACGGGAUGUCGACGGAUCCUUUACUGACAUCAAAAAGCGAUUCCUUGGCUUGAAGCCUGUUGCACUUUCGUAUUUGCGUGGAAUAUCUAUGUCACUAAAUAAUAAUGAAGAAGAAGAAGAAGAAGAAGAAGAAGAAGAAGAAGAGGAAGAAAGAGAAGAAAAAGAGGAAGAUGAAGGUAGUACUGGAACUAAAUGGAUUUCAUGCGUAAUUUGUCAUUCUUCUUCUACAUGGGUGAGCUAUACAUGGAAAAACGUGUGGACCAUACGGCAACUGAAGGAUCAAAACAUGCUAAGUUGUUCCAAAUUUGUCAACGCAGAUGUAGCGAUUAAUGGUAUUUGCUCAAUAUCGAACACAGGACGCCUAAAUAUUGGCAAGAUUUUUAACUUUCCAACUUUAGAUAACUGGUUUCACGUUCAUGAAUCAAGUGUCGAGGAGCAAGGGAGCAGCAGAGAAGAUGAAACCGACGAAGAAGAUGAUGAUAAAAUAGAAGAAGAAAUGGAAACAUUACAAAAAUCUUCAUUUCAACCUCGCACCAUCUUAUCCUUUCCCAAUAAACCGAAAAACGUUAUAUUUAUUGACAAUCAUACUGACAAGCAGCAAUGCCGUAUAUCACUGCAAAUCGAUGGUGAAUGCUUAAAGUGCAGCAACUCGGAUUAUCUCUUCAAAACGCUCGAUGAUGUGCACUGCGUUUCCGCGGCUAUAAUGGAUUUCACACGGCAGACUGACCAUCUAAUAAUUUGUGCUGGUGACAAGAGGCUGCUGACAUAUCAAAUAUUAGUUGAUAAAGAUAAGUCAUCUUUUGAUAUUGGAUUACUUCACCAAACGGAAAUUAUUUCACCAAUAUAUACCAUGUUGAAGUUUAAAAAUUUCUUGCUGACCGCCAUAGACUCCACUAUUGUCCUUUACGGCUUGGGAAAAAAGCAGUUGUUAAGAAGAUCCGUAACGCAGACCCCAGUAUCCAUAACAAAAAUUGUAUCUAUGGACCAGUGGAAUUAUGAAAGAUUGGCUGUUGGCGAUAUACAUGAAUCUGUCACCCUAUUUAUCUGGGAUCCUGCGAGGAAUGUUUUUAUUCCAUUCGUCGAUGAUUCCGUAAAACGUCAUGUGACAGCCUUGAGAUUUUUAGAUGAGGCAACUGUUAUAGGUGCUGAUAAGUUCGGAAAUGCAUGGACUUUAAGGUGCCCACUAGAGUGCGAAAAGAUCAUAUCAAAUCAUGAUCCCAGUGAAUUAUCAGAUGGCACCAUCAAGUACCCGCUAGACCUCAUCAAUCUACAGCAAAAAUUACCCAAUACUUAUGACUGCAAGUUCAAGUUUCAACUGCUCAACCACUUCUUUGUUAAUGAUAUUAUCACAGAUUUCCAUAUCCUGGACAGCGUUUCAAAUUCGGAUAGACCUGGCUGUAUCUACAUGGGUUUACAAGGCAGCGUCGGCUGCUUCAUUCCAUUAUUAUCCAAAGGGAAUGUUUUGAUGAUGGCAAAGAUUGAGAAUAUAAUGGCCGAGGCGGAUAAUACGUUUUAUUUAGAGUAUGAAGCAAGAAGGAAGAAUAAUAAUAUGCGCAAGGAAGAUGAUGAAGAGGAAUCUGGUGCUGUUUUGCUACAUGGACGGCAUGAUAUAGACGACGAGACGAUAUGUGAAGGUUCCUAUUCGAUUGUAGGUAGAGAUCACCAAGAAUAUAGAAGCUAUUAUGUCCCUGUGCGUAAAGUUAUUGAUGGUGAUUUAUGCGAAAAUUUCUUGAGACUUUCCUUGAAUGAACAAGAAUUUUUAGCCAACAGUUUUAAGAAUGUCAAAGUCGAGGAUAUAAUCCAAAGGAUAAAUGAAGUUAGAACAAAUUACUUGUAA